AUGGUAAAUAAGUCAAAAACUCAAUUUUUUUGGAAGUUUUGGAACAGUGGUGAUCAUGAUAUGUUGGUACCUUUCUCUUCAACGGAAGCAUGGAUAAGAUCUCUUAACUAUUCCAUUGUUGAUGCUUGGAGACCUUGGAUGAUUACUAGCAAUCAAGUCGCUGGAUAUACGAUGACUUAUGCCAAUAAAAUGACAUUUGCAACCAUCAAGGCAAUAUUUUCUAAACCCUUUCUUCUUCUCCAAAUU